AUGAACUAUCAAGAUGCUUACAUUCAAGAUAAAAAAAGAAAAUUAAGUCAAGAAAUGGAUCAAGAUUCCAUAAAAGAAACAAUCUUGAAUGUUGAGCAACAAGAAGAUAUUGAUCAUUUAAUGCAUGAUCAAAAUGUUGAUAUUAAUAAUAUUGCAAAACAUGCAAAAGAAAUUGAUACAAAUACAAUUGAUGAAUUAACUAGACAAAAUAGAGCUUUAAUUAUUAUUGAAGAAUUUUUACAAAAUGAAAAUAAUGAAUUAAAAAAAUCUUACAAGGAUUUAGAAAAAGAAAAUUUAGCUUUAAAAAAAGUUUUAAAAAAUGAUUUUCAAUCAAAUUAUAAAUAUAUUCAUAAAUCAUAUAUGUAA